CGUUUUGGCCCACCGAGAUCGAACCCUCCUGGGUCCUGCCUUCGCACGGCCGUAAGCUUUUCGUUUCAGGCUUUCGCAAAUAACCAACAAUCCACUCUCGAAUCUGGGUCGGCCCAAUUAUACUUGAACCCAAACUAAACUAUCUGCUUAGUAGCCCAGGCCCAAUCUCGAAGUUCAGACAUGGGCCCUUGAAAAAUGAAGCCAGGACUAGUCAGUAGAGCUUCUUUCUUUCUUGGAAGAGUCAUCAUCCUCUGCUUCCGCCCGACUUCCCGCUGCUUCAGUGACCGCUGAGAGCUCCUCAGCCCUCGACGGCUCAACCCUCGUUACUGGAUCCGGUUAUAUCACUGUUCUGGCCGCUUUUACUCCAAGGGAAGAAAUUGUGAGCAGGGAGAACUAUGGCAAGCGUUAGAUUGAUCUCGACAAGUACAGUCAAAGCAGAAACAAUCACUGAGCCAAAUCGCAGGAUCGAAUUAACUCCAUGGGAUCUCCAUAUCCUUUUAAUGGGGAGCAUUCAAAAGGGACUAGUGUUUCACAAACCCAAACCUGCACAAGAGGAGAAUAGCUUGAUCAACCAUCUUAAUACAUCCUUCUCCCGCACACUCAACUUCUUUCCCCCGCUAGCAGGUCGCUUUUCCAUCAUCGAACAUGAAGAUAACACGCGCUCCUUUUACAUUGAUUGCAACAAUGCUGGAGCCUAUUUUCUACAUGCCGUAGCUGAUGGUGUGACUAUUGCUGAUAUCCUUGAUCCCAUUUAUGUUCCGAGUCUGGUGCAUUCGUUUUUCCCGCUCAAUGGAGUAAAAAAUUAUGAGGGUGUUUCGAAACCAUUGCUUGGAGUACAAGUUACUGAGCUUGUGGAUGGUAUCUUUAUUGGUUUCACCAUAAACCACGCUGCUGCAGAUGGUACAACAUUAUGGAAUUUCGUCAACUCUUGGUCUGAAAUCUCUCGUGGUUUCAGCGAAAUAUCCAAGCCUCCAUCUUUUACGCGUGCAUUUCUUGCUCAUCCUAUUCGGAUUCCUUCUUCCAGCCUCAAUGGAAAUGCCCCCGUGACAUCCAUUCCACAUUUGCAAGACAGAGUAUUUCAUUUCAGUAAGGAUAAAAUCGCUGAACUCAAAUCAAGAGUCGGUACUGAGAUUGGGGCUAAUAGGAUCUCCUCUCUUCAAGCACUUUUGGCUCAUGUUUGGCGAUCUGUCAUCCGCAAUCGUCAACUUCCUGCUGAUCAAGAUACAAGUAUCCUCUUAGCCAUUGGAACUAGAUCAAGAUUGCAUCAGUUGGUACCCCAACAAUAUUUUGGAAAUGCUUUUCAAUAUGAGGCGACAACAUUAAAAGCUGGAGACCUACUUGAGUGUGGAAUUGGUUAUGUUGCUUGUGAAAUGAACAAGAUAAUUACAGGGCACGCAGAAGAGGGAAAGUUGAUGAACUUUCUAGAGUCCCGGGUAAAAAAUCCAAAGCUAACAACAUUGUGGGAAAAUAACACUGAUGCAUUGGCCACAAGCGGUUCCCCACGAUUCCAUGUUUAUGGUAAUGACUUUGGCUGGGGAAAGCCAAUUGCAGUGAGAAGCGGGGUUGCGAACAAGUACAAUGGCAAGUUAACAAUGUUUAUGGGAGCGGAGGAAGGUAGUGUGGACAUUGAAGCUUCUCUUCCACUCGACAUAUUGGAAGCCAUGGGAAGUGAUAUGGAGUUCAUGAAUGCUGUAUCACAUUAAGUAUGACAAAUAAGUUUGUGGAAUGUGGAUCUCAUGUGAUCACUCCCUCGUUGUUUUCCAUCAUCUAUUCUUCUGCCCUAUUUCAAGUUUGAUACUUAGUCACUGCAGUAGAGUCUGUUGCCCUCGUUUCCAUGCUCUGCUUCUUCCUUGUCUUCUGUGGAUGUACAGUGAGAUUUGGAAAUUAGAAGAACUUCCUCUCCGUCCAACGGCGAGAUUGUCGACGUUUGCUAGCCGAGCGAGACGGUGGAAAUGUGGAAUUAGAGUGUUUGAUAUUAUAAAAAAUCAUGCUUUUUUUAAUAAUAAAAAAAAUUAAUAACCUUC